CGUCCUUCGGGAGGCAUCCGUCGUCGGCGACCUCUGGCGGUCGUCUUCCGCCUCGGCCGAUUUCUCCGGUGGCGUUGGCACGGUUACCGCCGUCCCGCGUGGCCACCGCCGAUCCGAGUGCUCCGCCCUACCGAAAGCCGGAUCCGUUCUCGGGUAUCAGAUUGCUGAUUUUGGCCAACCGAUGUGCUGAUUACGUGACUUCACAAAUUUGAGAAAUGUCCAAAUUAACAUCCGAUUAUCUCGAUCGAAAUUCGGUGGUUCAGAAUCUACAGAAUAUGUCGUCUUUAAACGACGACUUUGAUAAUUGUGAUAAUUUGCAUCCGGAUAAAACCGACGAUGACGAGCCGUCCCUCGUUCAAGAUACUAGCGGUCAGUAUAAGGCUAUGCCUGCAAAUACAAUGUGGAGUUCACAGAUACCUCCCGCUAAUACAAACAUUCCAUUAUCAUCUCCUAGUCCAGUACAAAAUGGAGAAGAAUCAAAACCUCAAAUUGCUAAAGUUGGCCAAUCCAAAAUAGACUAUUUAAAACAAUGGAGUAUAUCUACUUAUAAAUGUACCAGACAAAUUUUAUCAGAAAAACUUGGAAAGGGAACUAGAACCAUAGAUAUUGAAUUGGAAGCACAGAUUGAACAGUUAAGAGAAACUCAACGUAAAUACAUGUAUAUAUUACGUCUGGUUCGUGCCUUGUCUAGUCAUUUCUAUCAUGUGGUACAGACCCAACAGUCAUUAGGAGAAGUGUUUUCAGAUUUAGCCCAUAAAUCUCCAGAACUGCAAGAAGAGUUUUUGUAUAAUGCUGAAACACAAAGAAAUCUAUGUAAAAAUGGAGAGACUUUACUGGGUGCAUUACAUUUUUUUAUAUCAAGUCUUUCUACACUUUGUAAUAAAACAAUGGAUGAUACAUUAUUAACAAUUAGACAGUAUGAAAAUUCGAGAUUAGAAUAUGAUGCAUACAGAACUGAUUUAGAAGAGUUAAUGCAAACUGCAAAAAGUGAUUCUACAUCAUCUAAACUAGAAGAAGCCAGAAGAAAUUUUAGUAUCUAUAAAGAAAAAUAUGAAAAAUUACGUUCAGAUGUCUGUGUGAAAAUGAAAUUUUUGGAUGAAAAUAAGGUGAAGGUGAUGCACAAGCAGUUGCUGUUGUUACACAAUUCUGUCUCUGCCUACUUUUCUGGAAAUCAGACCAUGCUGGAAACCACUCUGAAACAGUUUAACAUCAAGCUGAAGAAUCCUAACAGUGGAGAACUUUCUUGGCUGGAACAAUGACUGCACUUUCCAGAAUCAUCUGAAAUUAUUGGAAGAGACCAGAUGCAGAGCAUUCAUGCACUAGUGGGCAAGUGUGGUAAAAAGUUGACUGCAAAUUUCGGGAUACUUUUUAUAUGUGAAACUCUGUGUUUAACAUAGAUUUAAUAUAUAUAUAUAUUAUGACAUAAUAAUUGGAUGUUCGGGCCACUUUUACUCCAGAUGGCGACGGAAGCUUUUUAUCCCUUAGGAUUGCCACUGUAACAAGCUUGUGGAAAUUGCACAAGCAAUUCAUUCCUGUACCUGGAUGUAUUCAGACCCUUCUGUUUUACAUAUGAUUACAGAAGUAGUGUUAGAAAUGCUGAAAAGAUUUUUGGUAGGAAGAGUUCAUUGAUAAAUUAAUCUAUGAGCAUUGAUUACCAGUCUGGCAGGCAUUUCCAUCUUUUGUUCCAUUUCACCCCAAGGAAGUUUCAGUGUAACUUAAAUGAAAUGCCAGCAAAGGGUAAAAGCGUCUUCCGUCCAGUUCCCAUGGUAAAGCAUUUUUGUAAGGAAUCAUGGAAAUGGUCAGUUUCCUCUAGUUUAAGGAAACCCUGUAAACUGCAAAAUUUCCAAUAAAAGAGUGAAAUUAAA